GUAAGGUUUGUGCUUGGGCUGAGUGAUUGAUGUUUCUUCUUUAAAGCAAACCCAAGAAAGCUUAAAUGGUAGUUACCAAAUUGGUAACCUUGAUGAAACAAUGUUCAACUGUGAAGCAGGCAAAGCAAAUUCAUGCCCACAUAUUGAUCAAUGGUUUUACUUUUCUUCAACCCCUUUUAAUCCAUCACAUGCUUCUUUGGGAUGUCACUAACUACAGAACUGUGGCACAUUAUGCCUACUCAAUGCUUCACCAUUUGCACAAUCCAGAUUCCUUCUCGUGGGGUUGUGUCAUUCGGUUCCUCUCUCAAAAGGGUCUGUUUACUGAAGCUGUUUCUCUAUAUGUUGAAAUGUGCAGGAUGAGAUUGUAUCCAACUUCACAUGCUAUAUCCGCCGCACUCAAGUCAUGUGCUAGGAUUCAGAACGUGUUGGGAGGUGUAUCAAUUCAUGGGCAAGUUCAUGUGUUUGGAUUUGAUACUUGUGUUUAUGUACAAACGGCCCUUCUUGAUUUGUACUCGAAAAUGGGUGAUAUGGUGACUGCUGCACACGUGUUUGAUGAAAUGGCUGAGCGAAAUGUGGUUUCUUGGAAUUCUUUGUUAUCUGGCUAUCUAAAAGCAGGUAACUUGGAUGAGGCCCAAGAUUUUUUUUAUCAGAUUCCCAAGAAAGAUGUUAUAUCUUGGAACUCUAUGAUAUCUGGGUAUGCCAAAGUAGGAAAUAUGGAUCAGGCGUGUACUUUGUUUCAAAUAAUGCCAGAGAGAAACCUGACAUCUUGGAAUGCAAUGAUCACUGGUUUCAUUGAUUGUGGAAGCAUCGUGCCAGCAAGAGAACUUUUUGAUGCAAUGCCCAGCCGAAACUGUGUAUCUUGGAUGAAAAUGAUUGCUGGAUAUUCGAAGUGUGGGGAUGUUGAUUCUGCUCGCAAGCUCUUUGACCAGAUGGAUCACAAAGAUUUGCUCUCGUAUAAUGCUAUGAUAUCUUGUUAUGCUCAAAAUAGCAAACCCAAGGAAGCCCUUGAACUAUUUAAUGAUAUGAUUAAACCCAACAUCUACAUACAUCCAGAUAAAAUGACUUUUGCUAGUGUUAUAUCAGCUUGUUCUCAAUUGGGGGAUCUGGAACAUUGGUCCUGGAUUGAGUCACGUAUGAAUGACUUUGGAAUUGUUUUGGAUGAUCAUUUGGCUACUGCUUUAAUUGAUUUGUACGCAAAGUGUGGAAGCAUUGGCAUGGCAUACGAGCUAUUCCAUGGGCUGAGAAAGAGGGAUUUGGUUGCUUACUCUGCAAUGAUAUACGGAUGUGGAAUAAAUGGAAAGGCCUCUGAUGCAAUCAAGUUAUUUGAGCAGAUGCUUGCUGAAUCUAUUAUUCCUAAUCUAGUCACCUACACUGGACUCCUAACUGCCUAUAGUCAUGCUGGAUUGGUUGAAAAAGGUUACCAGUGCUUUAAUUCCAUGAAGAACUAUGGACUCGUGCCUUCAAUUGAUCAUUAUGGAGUCAUGGUUGAUCUCUUAGGGAGGGCAGGAUAUUUGGAUGAAGCAUAUAAUCUUAUAAUAAAUAUGCCAAUGCAACCCAAUGCUGGUGUUUGGGGAGCUCUGCUUCUUGCUUGCAGAUUACACAAUAAUGUGGAUCUUGGGGAAAUAGCUGUUCAGCAUUGCAUUAAACUGGAGAGUGAUACAACUGGUUAUUGUUCUCUUCUUUCUAGCAUAUAUGCUGCUGUUGGAAAAUGGGAUGAUUCCAAGAAGAUGAGAAAGGGUGUGGAAGCAAAGGAAAUCAUCAGGAUACCUGGAUGUAGUUGGACAAGCAACUUAACUGCUCCAUGAUUGGCAGUCUUUGAGGGUUUGAAUAGUAGCAAUGAAGCAGUGACGGGAGGUGACGAGGAACGUGAUUUGGCUACUGACUCAAUGCCAUAAUUUAUCCAUUAUGUUUGAGGAAUUUGAAGCUCAUGGCUUAUAGCCUUCCCUUAACCUUUUGCUCCCAUUCCAUGGCAAUCUAGAAUGCCUUCGGCCUAGACUUAUAAGUCAACAUACAGGAAACUUGAAUGACACACUGAAACAUGAAGAUGGAUCGAUCGGUUAUAGAGUCCAGAGAUUUGCAAGCAUCAGUUUUUUAGGGAAAAUGAAGUCAGAAAGUUGCUGAACGCAUAUGUGGUGGGUGGGUUUUCUGUAUGGUUUUAGGAUUCAGACUCAUUUAUCCAAUGCUUCUGGUCCAUUCUUGUCCAUUAGUUCAUCUUUGCUUGUUUAUAUAUAUGAUUUUAAAUGCAAUGAGUAGAGUUAAGCAAGCAGGAGCUGCGAAAAAUGCAGAUGGGAUUCUGACUGAUAUUUUUAUUGAGAAGGGUAAAAACGCUUUAACAUCUAUUGAUAGGUUUUUUCUUAAAAGGAACUUUGAAUGUUUAAGUCAGUAUUCAGUAGAGGAGCACCUAGUCUGCAAGAAAGGAACGAGAAACAUAAUGUGUACUACUUGAUGAGCGCCUAUCCAGAAUCUUAUAGAGAUAAUGCUGCUAAAAGUGGGAAAGAAAAGAACUUUGAGCGGUCGUUUCUUGCAAUGAAGUAUGGUCUACUCUUGACAGAAGAAGACUUUACCAAAUCAUGGCUAAACAUUUGCAUUAUCUGCUUAAAGAUAAAGAGGAAACAGCUUAAUAUUUCAUCCUUUUGACAACCACACUAUCCAAUUGUUAAGCACGACUUGUAGAAACUGUCGUACCUUCAUCUAUUAAUUGUAUUCACUUGGGCA